GUGAUAAUAGCGUUUUUAUCACGUUUUAACAACAAAACAAAACGUAAAAUACUUAACGUUUUCCGAAAAAUUCAAACGCUCCAAGAUUUUACAGUUCGACUCAGAAGUAAAAGCUAUUGGUAUUAUGUCGGAAAAAGAGGUUAAGAAAAAGAAGAUUUUAUCACAAAAAGACUAUUUGAAAAAAUAUCUGUCUGGCGGAAAGAAAAAAAAGGAGAAGACAAAAAUUGUAAAAAGAGUACAAAUCAUCGAUGACAAUAUUGAUUGUGUUGAAAAUAACACCUUUGAUAUUGGUAUGGAUGGAAUUAAUCCAGCUGAUGAAUUUGCUCCUCAAAUAGUUGGUGUUGUUGAUGAAAGACCUAAAGAUGUUAAAACUUUGGAUAUGUACAAAAAUAAAAACCGAUGGAAAAGAGUUGGUAAUGAUAGUGAUCUUGAAGAGGAGGAUAUUACUAGUAUCAAUGUUGAUCAAGUUAAACAAUAUGUUGAACAAAUUAAUAAAUCUACUUUGAAUGAUUUAUUAAAAGAGACCAAAGAAGAAUUAUUGGAAAAUGGUAUACCUAUAAGACGUGACCGAAAAACAGGUAAAAAGCGAGAUCUCAAACAAGAAAAAAAAGACAAAGAAGAAGAGGAAGAAGUACUAAGAAAACAUAAAGAAAAAUAUGCUGUAUGGGGAAAAGGAAUAAAACAGGUUAAAGAUGCUCAAGAUCAGUAUGAGUCAGAUUUACAUGAAAUGCAAAAACCAUUAGCUAGAUAUGCUGAUGAUCAAGAUUUAGAAAAUUUGUUGAAAUCUAAAAUAAGAGAUGGUGAUCCAAUGCUUGAGUAUAUUACAAAAAAUAAAAGUGAAGGUAGUGAGUCUCCUGAUGGUGUAAGACAUGAAGUUAGAGAGUUUCGAGGAUUUUGUCCACCAAAUAGAUUUGGUAUUCGCCCUGGAUCAAGAUGGGAUGGAGUGAAUAGAUCAAAUGGUUAUGAAGAAAAAUGGCUUUUGCAGCAAAAUUCUCAAAAAGCUCUGGAGGACGAAGCAUACAAGUGGAGCUGUUCUGAUAUGUGAAUAUUUCUGUUCAAAAUUUAAAAUAACCAAUUAAAGCAAAUAAACAUUUAUUAUUAUACUUUUAUUUCAUUAAAAAAAUG